ACCGCCUGCCAACACACGGCUGAUCAGCUAGGGCUCGUCGUCUUCGAAAGGCAGUUGCCUGCUUGUGGGAGACGGUCAGGCGUCACUCAUCGGCAGCGUGAUCGCCGUCGUGCGCUGCACGACUGCUUGCUGCGCCGGCAGUCUCGGUGGCCUACAACUCUUCGGCGUCCGGUCGGACUUCCUGGAAGGACCUGAACUGAGCCGCUGCGGCGGCGGCACCGUCUUGUCUCUCCUCUUCGACCUCUCAGUAAUUCACGGCCAUGGAUAAGAGAGGGAGACGCCCUUUGCCUCUUUCGUAGACAGCUCCAGGGGACGAUGUGCUGGUUCAUCAAGGACAUCCUUACUGGCGUGCAUCUCAGUGGCCCGCGGAUUCCAAGUGGUCGCUUUGCCGUAGCCGCUGAAGGAACAGUCCAGCGCCGUCGAUUACGAGGUGUGCGGUAGCAGUACGACUUCAAGAUGUCCCGGUCGUCCGAAGAGGCGAAGCGGCUGCCCCACCACCACAAGGCCGCCGUGCAGUUCUCGUCGGGCGCCGUGGCGGGUUUCAUCGAGGUGUGCGUCAACCACCCUCUGGACGUGGUCAAGACGCGGCUGCAGAUGCAGUCGGCCGACGACCCGAACCGGUACAAGUCGAUCGCCGACUGCUUCCGGCGCAUGACCAGGGCCGAGGGCGUGCUGUCCGUCUACAAGGGCGUCCUGCCCGUGCUCGUGGUGGAGACUCCAAAGAUGGCGCUGCGGUUCGUCUGCUACGAGCAGACCAAGCGCGUCGUCUCGCCCCACCUGUCGCUGGUGCCGACCAACCUGAUCGCGGGUUUCCUGGCGGGCGCCAUCGAGGGAAUCGCCGUCAAUCCUUUCGAGGUUGUGAAGGUCCGGUUGCAGACUGAUCGAACUCUGCUGGCGGCGCAGCCCAGCGCCUACUCGGUGGCGCGUCAAAUCUAUCGCAAGCACGGCUUCGGCCGGGAAGGGCUCUGCUUGGGCCUCACUUCGAACAUUUUUCGGCACGGCGUCUUCGUUAUGUUUUACUUCACCAUCUACGCCAAGCUCAAGGAAGCUGCGCCGGAGUUUAAGAACCGGCAUCAGCACAACCUCUACAAGGUUGGUACCGGCCUGUUCAGCGGCUGCGUCAGCACAUUGCUCAACAUCCCUUGGGACGUGGUGAAGAGCCGCAUACAGGGACUGCAGCCCGUGCCGGGUGAGACGAAGUACAAGACGUGCUGGCAGAGCUUCAAGCUCAUCUACCGCGAGGAAGGCUUCCUCGCCUUGUACAAGGGCCUGGCGCCGAAGAUGUUGCGUCUCGGCACGGGGCAUGCGCUCAUCAUUGUCCUCUACGAGCACAUCGUUGAAGUACUAGAAGCCAUGAUAUCCAAGCUGUGAAUGCACAGACCAUCGGUGACCUG